ACCGUUGAUGCGGAUGCUGCUGGGCUCCUGUACUGCGACGCACCCCCAUCUCUGCUGCUGAUACCACAGUGUCUGUCCUUCUGCAGCGACCACACAGCUGCUAACGGGAAAAGGGGCAAGGAUAAAGUAACCAGUACUACAGCCAGAUUAAGUCUGGUGGUUUAACAACUGAUGGGGACACGGUGCUAGCACAACGUUUGUAAAACAAAGUUGCGCUAAAUGUCAAGCUAACUAACUAGCUAUCAGAGGAAGUUAGCAAGCUAGCUAACGUGAUUUGCUGCAACUGAUGGUCUUGGCUUUAAAACCUUAUGUUUUAGCUAGUUCAUCGUAGAAUCAUUUAAAAUUCACACAUUUCAGCGCAGGUACUACGCUAGUUAUCGUGCUAACCAGUUUAAAAUCCGAUACAUACUUUAAAACAACUACUAUCUUAGAGCUAACGUUAACUCAGUGUGAAAGAGAGGGAUCAUUUAAGCAGAGAUUGAGUAAGGGUUCUCACGUCUAAAAUGUUGAAGCUAUUACUUAAGUUAAGAUCAUAUUGACUAGGUUAACCGUCCCAACGUAUACUGACUCGAAACGUACCGUUUAUCGAUAGUAGCGUCUACAAGAUUAUAGCCGUUUAAGACUAAUCAACAAGUGAGAAUGGCUCCUAAAAAGAGACCAUUGCCCUUAACCAUUGCUCCUGCUGGCGGUGGGUUAUCCACCUCCACUAACACUGAUGUUCCACCUGAGGCCAAUUUAGUGGCACUGAAAAGAAUAUUGGAGGAGUUGGACCUAGAUGAUCAACAGAAGAAGAGGUUAGAAGCCUUCCUCACCCAAAAGGCCAAGGUGGGCGAGCUGAGAGAUGAAGACUUCCAACGUGUCUGUGAGCUGGGUGCAGGCAAUGGAGGAGUCGUCAAUAAGGAGUGCCACAAAUCUUCAGGAAUAAUCAUGGCCAGAAAGCUCAUACAUCUUGAAAUUAAACCGGCGAUUAGAAACCAGAUCAUCCGAGAGCUUCAGGUGCUGCAUGAGUGUAACUCUCCCUACAUUGUGGGCUUCUAUGGAUCGUUUUACAGCGAUGGAGAGAUCAGCAUCUGCAUGGAGCACAUGGAUGGUGGAUCUCUUGACCAGGUGCUGAAAGAAGCAAAGAGGAUCCCCGAAGAAAUUCUGGGAAAAGUCAGUAUUGCUGUUUUGAGAGGCCUUGUGUACCUGAGAGAAAAACAUCAAAUCAUGCAUAGAGAUGUGAAACCUUCAAACAUACUGGUGAACUCGCGUGGGGAAAUCAAGUUGUGUGACUUUGGUGUCAGCGGGCAGCUCAUUGACUCUAUGGCCAAUUCCUUCGUUGGAACAAGAUCCUACAUGUCGCCCGAGAGAUUGCAGGGAACCCACUAUUCUGUGCAGUCAGAUGUGUGGAGUAUGGGGCUGUCCCUUGUAGAGAUGUCAAUCGGACGCUUCCCCAUACCUCCUCCAGAUGCUAAAGAACUGGAGGCCUUGUUUGGACGUCCCAUCUCGGGUGCUGGUGGAAUAGAGACCCUCAGCACUUCACCCAGACCUAGACCACCGGGUAGACCUGUCAGCGGUCAUGGUCCUGCAAUGGCCAUCUUUGAACUACUAGACUACAUAGUAAAUGAGCCCCCUCCCAAACUACCACAUGGCGUCUUCACCUCUGAUUUCCAGGACUUUGUGACAAAGUGUCUGAUCAAAAAUCCAGCAGAAAGGGCUGACUUGAAAAUGCUGAUGAAUCAUAUGUUUAUCAAGCGGUCUGAAGUGGAAGAGGUAGACUUUGCGGGCUGGCUUUGUAAAACCAUGGGGCUAAACCAACCUAGCACUCCCACACGCACUGCAGAAUGAACACACAAACACACAAACACACACACACACACACACACACACACACACACACACACACACACACACACACACACACACACACACACACACACACACACACACAAUAUGUACAUCUAUAAACAUGGAGAAGCUGCUCCCUAUACCCUUACACCUAUACACACACACAUUGUUUGCCACACCCUUUCUCAGGUGGACCUCCAUCUAUCAAAGGAGCUCUACUGAAAUGUAAGGCAGAAAAGAUACAGAUUCUACAGCACGAGGGUUUCCAAUCCUAGUUCUCACAAUCAUGGCAGGUAAAUACAUUAAUGAAUGUGUUUUUAUGUCACAUUGUAUAAUCAUUUGUUGAUUUUACUUAAGAGGUCAGAUUAGGUGUGUCUGUUUGGGCAAGUGAUGAGUGACUCUAGGCUGUUUUUUUUUUUGCAUUUGAUGAUGCGAGUGAUUUCUACACAUUUUAAGAUGCCAAGAAAAAGGUACAACUUUAAAUGCACUGUCUUUAUCCCCUGUAUGUCUGAGUUGUUAACAUAAGCAGCAUUAUGAGCUUGUUGUGUUACCAUUAGCUUCCUUAUGCCAGCAACUGGCUUUAAGAUUAGUAAACAUUCAUCACUGGACAGUACAAAAACAAAGCUGCAUAUCCACUCGCUGAGCAUUCUCAGCGGAAACAACUGAUUAUUUCUUUGUGGUUGCUGUAAUGUUAACAACAGGACAUGGAUUUGCCAUUGAAGUGCAUCCUGUGUUGUGUCAGGAUUGGGGCAUUUUGCUCCUUUUGUGUUCUUCUAUUUGAGUACUUCCUCCUUUAAGUCUAAAGAUAUAGAUGUUUUUUAUGGAAAAACCAUCACAAGAUUUGUCUUUAUAAUUCGUCUGAACUGUCAAUAAAUAGUAUGUAUUGUAACUUGUCUUCAUAAA